UUGAAAGUAUUUACAUAAGAACGCAAAAGCACUGUUGCAUUUUUAAAAACUAGGUCAAACUGGCUUAGAUCCGCAUUUUUCAUUACUAUAAGCAACCCACAAUGCAACAGAUAAUUCUUGGGUGUAGAUACUCCGUACGCAAUCAUGACCGAAUUCCACCUAUUUUCUCACUUUCUCACGCUUGUCGCUUGUUUUUCUCUGUUCUGUUGCGCUAGGUUUUCAAGUAUAGUUUUUUUUAACCAGCGAGUCCGUGAAUAUGACAGCGGACCGCAUCUUCCUAAGCCGUAAAAAUUUUGGUUAUCUGCAGUUGAUGUAAUAAUAAUGUUAUAACAAACAUUUACAGUUUAGUGAAGGUUAGUUUGAAAAAGUCGAAAAAGUUGAAGCUAAAUGGUGUAGCAAGUACAAACUACUAUAUAUUUUGAAUUUUUGUUAAUUUUCAAACCUUAUUAAAAAUGGGUAUUAUCAUUACAAAAUUUAGGAAAAAGAAAACCACCUACGAAAUUUUAGAGAAACUAGAAAAUGAAAUUCAGUCAAUUGAGGAGUUUAGGCGAAGCACGGAACAAACUCAAAAGAAAAUGGUGGGCCGUUUCAUAUUUAUAUCUAUCUGUGUCUACUGCCUGACAGCUCUUAUAUUUUACUUUUUUGUUCCUGCAACCGCUUAUGAAAGGAUAAUUUAUAUAGUACCACUAAUUAUAUUACCAAUGUUGUUGAUUCUUAUAAAACGAAUUUUAUCAUGGUAUUAUAAUAGAAAAAUUAAGAAAAACCAAAAGAAAUUGUCUAGUUUAAAGGAUGAAAAGAAAAAAAUUUUAGAAGAAGUUAUGGACAAAGAGACUUACAAAGUUGCCAAAACUAUUUUAGAAAAAUUUGCACCAGAGCAGAUUAAAAAAAAUUAUUCAACUGCAAUUAAUGAAAGUACCCCCGUUAAAAGUGGACCACUAGCUCCUGUGAAUUCUGCUGUUCAAAGUCAAGCAGGUUUAAGGUAUAGGGGUCAAUUUUCUUCCACUCCUAAUCAGCUGACUGUUGGAACGGCCAUAACGCCAAGGCCACGACUUACUUUUGCAUCUUCAGUUACUCCAGGGUUGCUCCCAAAACCACAGCCACAAAAUAUUGUACCAAGUUUAGGGCCUGCAGGACUCUCUGGCACACCUUUGCUGUUGCCAAGGGCUGUUUUGCCAAGAGAACGUUCUGUUUUAGAUAAAAUGGUAGACUAUCUUAUUGGGGAUGGACCUUCCAAUAGAUAUGCACUAAUUUGUAAAAAUUGUUCUAGUCACAAUGGAAUGGCUCUAAAGGAAGAAUUUGAUUAUCUUUCAUUUAGAUGUUGUUAUUGUUCUGCAUUUAAUCCUGCCCGUAAAAAGCGACCUAUUGCCCCCAAGCUAGAUACAACACUUUCUAUUAAAAACAAACAGUCAGAUGUAUCUGACUCCGAUAGACAUUCACAAAGUGAUACAGAAUCAGAAUCAGAAUCUGCUGCUCCUAUAAUAACAGAACCAUAUAGUGAUUCACAGGAUGAACAUGAACCUCAGGUUCAUGAGACAGCGACGAGUUUAUCAGAUUCUGAUAAAUUAUCAGACUUUGACAUUAAAAACUCAGACACAGAGUCAUCUGCCAUGGAAGUUGAUACAACUUUGUCACCUACAGAAGAAAACACAAUUAGAAAUAGUGACACCACACAUGAGAGUCAUGUUGAAUCUGUAACAGCUGAAGAACCAAAACAACAAGACUGACAAACAAAAGUUGUCUUAUUUAAAAUCUCUGUUAAAAAAAAAGAGAAUGUUUACUUUAUUAAGUUGAUUUUUUCUUUGUGUGUAACUGUGAAAGUACAAAUCCUAAAUAAGAAAAUCUGCUGGUCAACUUCCCUUUUACAGUUAUAUCUAAUGAGAAAAUCAAUUUCAUACAGUUAAUGUUGUCUUUGUAUGUAUGUGUAAAGGGGAACUUGACGUCACUGAGAUCGUUUUUUUGUGGGUUUUGUACUGUAUUCACACGUUCUAUUUAUUGUUGUCGUAUAUAGGGAAGUGCGUUGUUUAAUUUAUAUCUUUACUUAAUGUAAAUAACCGUUUUGCUUUUUAUUUAACCCAGUAGACACAACUUUGAUAUUUUAAUUCAACUAGAAUGAAUAACAGGUUAUGGAUUGUGAUAUUGGAAUGUUUUUUUUUUGUUUACAAUUAGGUGCCUUUCUGCAUUUUAUACAAUUCUCAAUAAAGCUUAUUACUUCUGGAAA